AUGAGUGUCGAUGUUGAUGUCAUCAUUGUUGGAGCCGGUGCAGCUGGUAUUGGAGCAGCGAUCGAACUAAAAAAAACGUCUCUAUCCGUUGUUGUACUUGAGGCGCGAGAUCGAAUCGGUGGUCGAGUAUAUACAGACCGAGAAACAUUUUCGCCGAUUCCCGUCGACCUUGGUGCUAGUUGGAUUCAUGAGUAUGAACCAAACAAUCCCAUGUAUUCAUAUUAUCAAAAAUAUAAGGUUGAUGAACAGAAUAAUUCUAGUUACGACGACGAUGACGAUGAAAUACUUAGUCUUGAUUACGAUGGUCAAUGUCUUUCAACUGAAGUAGAACAACAAGCAAAAGUUGUAUGUGCACAAUUAUUCCAACACUUAGAAAAAUUUGCGUCUGAAAAUGAUGAACAAGAGGACAGAAGUGUCGAAGAUGUCGUUAGAUAUUACUAUGAUCGAAUAGUCGAAUCUAGCGGACAAAUUAAGCGCAUUAUAGAUAGCUUUCUUGCUGUUUUCGAAGUGCAUGAAGCAUCAUGUUUUCCUGCUCUCUCUGCCAAACAAUGGGAAACUAUUGAUGAGAGUACAAUACAUGAGAGAUUCGUUUCGUUCGGCUACGGAACCAUACUUGAACGUAUCGUAGAUCAGUACGAGUUAUCAAUUCGUUUGAAUACUCUCGUAACACGUAUUGAUACGCGUAACUCAGAUCGAAUCGCGAUCUACACGUCAACUAUCGAUUCUCCGAUUUUUUGUCGACGUAUUAUUGUAACCGUACCUUUAGGUUGUUUAAAACGAGAGACAAUCGUAUUCGAACCACCCUUGCCUGAAUGGAAACGUCAAGCUAUUGCUCAAAUGGGUUUCGGUCUCAUGAAUAAACUCAUUCUGCAAUUUCCUGAGCAAUUCUGGAAUGCUAAGAAGAAAAUUAUAUUACGUACAUGCACUGAACAACGGGGUCGCUUUCUUUACACAGUAUGUCUACCUUCACCGGCUAAUAUUCUUAUUCUUCUAAUCACUGGUAUUUAUGCUUAUGAACUGGAAUAUCUUACAGAUGCUGGAAUACUUGAUCAAGUAAUGAUCUUUCUUCGACAAAUCUUUCCUCAAUCGCAAAUACCUGAUCCUAUCAAAACUAAGUUUACAAGAUGGUCUCAAGAUCCAUUUGCCUUUGGUUCUUACUCAAACUAUGCCGUACAUGCAAAUAAAAAAACAGUAGAAAUGUUAACUCGAGCAACAGCUGAUGGUCGAGUACAUUGGGCUGGUGAACAUGCUCAUUUUAGUGAUAAUACAAAUAAGUGGAUGCAUGGGUGUGUUCAUAGUGCUGUUCAAAGUGGUCGACGAGCUGCAUUAGUGAUUAAAGAUCAGCUUGAUUCCUCUUCCUUUUCUUCAUCUACAUAA